UGCGAUGUACAUGGAGUACGCCCAUAGAGCUCCGUCAGUAGAGGAAUUUAGUUAUUUUUAUGACAUAAAGAGCGUGGGCCUUCAUAACGGCUUCUUUUGCUUUAGUAAAUGGGCGACUUCUGAAAUCAACGGGGUUGAGGGGAUGGUUUCGAACAUGGGUGAUUGGAAGUCAAAAUGGUUCUACGUUUUUAAGGUUCCUGGGAUCAGAACCGACUUUAAUCGCAGACCCAGUAUGUCGCAUAUUUGUUGACUUAGAUAAGGUUUGUUACUCUGUUUUUCGAGAUCUUUUGCUAACUCGUUCUUUUGUUGUCAUCGCAGAUAGACCAGCUCGACCAACGCUUAACGCUCAUAAAAAGGGGGUAGCUGAAAUUCUUGGGAGUCUUCCGCACAAGAUCGCGACUGGCGAUUGCUGUGUACGACUGCCAAAUUGCGAGAACACAAACUGAUCCCUGAGAACGCGAGUCUUCAACGGGAGCCAGUAUAUAAAGAACCAUCUGAGAGACAGCAGGAGCGGAUAGAUAAACGGCUUUCCAAGCAAACUCCUCGAGAAACUUCAGACAUGACUUUCCUGAAGUCUGCCCCUGUCCUGAAGAUCAAGCAAAAGGGUGGGACACCGGCUUCUUCACCAGUCGUCGCACAGAAGAGGAAGAGCGAUGUGAUGACUUCGCUCGCUGCAGAUUCCUCCAAGAAGUUGGCCAAGACCACUCAGGAUAAGGGGAAGAAGGUUGUCAUUGAUUCUCCGGUUCGCCCUCGCGACUUCCUGGCUAUGCAGGAAAAAUUACUGGCCGAGAUUCCUUAUGAGGAACUUGUUUCUCGAUCAACUGAACUGGCCGCACAAUCUGUGGCUUUGUUUAUGAAAGCCGUGGCCACGCCUUCGAAGGAAACUGACUCGCUGAAGAGGCAGAACGCCCAUUUUCAGGAAAACAUAAAGAGGCUGAAGCAGGAGGUGGCCAAGAUGGAGGAACUUCACAAGGAGCUCGAGGAAGCCAACAGGGCCAAAGAACAGUUGGAGCUCGAGCUCAAGAAGUCGCAGGACAUGAUCGCUGAGAUGGCUCGCGACUUAGAGGCUGAGAGAGAGAGUGGGAAAAAACAGUAUGAUCAGGCUGUGUCUGAUUAUAUUUAUACUACUCUCUCUAAGGUCCCUGACUUCGACUUCUCGCUGCUUGGAGAUGAAGCUGCUGAAAUGGCUGAAGCCUUUCGCUCGAUGUCUCCUACCCGGACUCAAGGCAACCUUCCAGAUGAAAUCGAGGGAGCGCAGGCUGAGGAGGUCGAGAAUGAAGUUGUGAGCAAGAUCGUGGAUGAGGCUGCUCCUGAUGAGACUACUCCCGCUGCUUGA